ACUCGGACAAGAGUCCGCAAAAAAGUCAACCAGUAUUUUAAAUUUGCUGCGCACAACGCGAGUGCGCAAGAAUAUAACAUAAUAAAUUUGAAGAGUCAAGCAAAGGAAAAAUUCAGAAGCAGUUUGACGGUGCAAUAUUUCGGUUAUUGAAAAAUCAGACCAACAGCGUAAUUUCGGGUAGAAUUUUGUAGUGUUUUUUGGCACACACAAUAGUUGAACGUGUAUGGUCGCGUAGCGUGCAGUGUUCAGCAAUAAAUUUAUACAACAUUAAUUCGGGUUCGUCGCUUAAGUUUUUUGUUUUGUGCCGCUUACAUCUUUUCGUCGGGUGCUCGGCAUUUAAGCGCAAUUCUUGAGUGCUAGUAAAAUAACAAGAAGAAACCAAAAAUUUAAACUGCUUGUUUUUAGGCCAAGAGAAAAAUCAAUCGCAUAGCAACACAAUUCAACAAAAAUGUUCACAGUGCAACAAAGGUUGGCCCUUUUGGCAUUCCUCAGCAGCAGCUGCUGCUUGCUGCUCACUUCGGCGGCAAACUCAAAUUUUCCCGCCGACAUACCGCGUUGUCGUGUUGCUGACACAGACUGCAUAACGCGCACAACAAUAAAUCUGGUGCGUCAGUUCGCGCGCACCGGUUACCCGGCUGCGGGAUUUCCAAUCGUUGAACCCUUCCUUAUAAAACGCUUCGAUAUUUCGGAUGGCCGCACUGGUUCGUUGAAUUUGAAAUUAAAUUUCCGUGAUGUGAAUGUUGAAGGAUUGUCCGGCGCACAGGUUGAUCGUACUGUCGGCUUUGAACGUGAUCCAGCCACAAGUAAAUUUGAAUUUUACGGCUUAUUACCAAAAAUUGUUCUACGCGGCAAAUAUGUGGCCGAUGGUCGUAUACUUAUUCUGCCCAUCAGAGGCGAUGGUGACGCUGAUAUUUUGCUGCAAAAUUCUAAAUUCUCAAUCAAAUUUAAACCCGCCCUUCAUCCUAAAGAUGGCAAAACAUACUUGAGCGUGGAUAAGCUGAAAGUCUUAGUAGAACCCGAAAAAAUGAGCAUCAAAAUGACCAACCUCUUCAAUGGUGACCCAGCACUCGGCGGUAAUUUGAAUGAGUUCUUAAACCAAAAUUGGCGGGAUGUUUGGAAUGAACUUCAACCCUCCAUUCAUGUGGCCAUUGCUGAAGUAAUCAAGAGUGUUCUGCAAACACUCUUCAAGCGUUUCGCAUAUGAGGAUUUGUAUGCGGACGAUUGAUUGGAUGAAUUAAUGGUUAGAAAUCGACACUUAUGUUGGUCAAUGAAUAACACACUGUCUGAAUAAAUUCUCAUGCUGUAUUUUAAAUUCAGUUUUACUAUUAAUUAUGUAGGUUUAUUUAUUUACAUUAUAAAUGGUAUUCGCUUUUAGCAUUUUUAUACAUACAUAUGUUUGUGAUGUUACAGCAAAAGUAAAAUUUUUUCUGUCGAAUUUUGUGUGGUCGAACUCGCUGUUAACAUUGUCUGGUUUUUGGACAAAUUGUUUGUAUAUUGUUUUAUUUGAUAAAUUUUAUAAAAAACUAUAUUGUGUGAUUUUGUUCCAGUGUUGCUGAGAUACUCGUAUGUGUAUAUAUAUAUAUAUAUAUAUAUGUAUAUGUAAUAAAUAGGUAUUUUCUACAAUUACAAGAAUUCUUAAGUAAUAUUUUAUUAUGAAAAUUCCAGAUUUUACGAGUAUGUGAGUUUCGAUUUUUGUAUAAUCCACAAAUAAUUCGUGUAAGCU